AUGACUGUCUUCAUUGCUUCGCUCUUCCUUCCAUACACGGUCAACUUUCAUCUGGACAAGUCUGGCAAAACAUCCCACAGCAGCCCAAAGUCAAAGUCGCCCAAAGGAUCUCCAAAACGCAAUGGUCUCUCCGCUGCCGCCAGUCUCUUCCAGAAACCUCAAGAUGAAAUCAUAAAGAGAGCAAUGACGCCAGGUGCGACCACCGACCAUGAACAAAUUUUCACCAAUCCCCGAACAAAACUCGAGCCGCUUAGCGAAUACCCGUUUCCCACGGCUCCCAAUGGACAGGUCAAUAUCCUGUCGCAGAGCGAGGCCCAUUCGCCUGCAUGGGGCUCGACUCAUACCUUCAACCAGCCUCGCCCGAUGAAUGUCACACUUCCUUCUCCGUCAAUCCUGAAGCACCAGGAGUCGUUAGCGGUUGCGAUGCCUCAGGUCAUCGAGAAGCCAAAACAACCCACCAUGGGCAUUGAAAGUCAAAAGGCUCAAGGACAGCUUAUGCGCUCGGUUCCAUCCCAUUCCUUUUCCGAUGCCGAUUGGACCAUUGAAUCCGCCGAACAGGGAAAUCCCGGCCUACGCAAUGCGGUUCGCUCAUUUUCCGAUCCUGGUUUGGAUGAUACCGUAUGGGUGGGUACACUAGGCAUGCCAACCGAUGCGCUGGACACUCAUGUCAAAUCAGAGAUUGCUGAGACAUUGGAGGAUAAAUACUCGUCCCUCGCCGUUUACGUGAGCGAUGCCGACUUUGACGGACAUUACUCUCACUUUUGCAAGACUAUUCUCUGGCCCGUGUUUCACUACCAGAUCCCAGACAACCCAAAGAGCAAAGCAUACGAGGACCAUUCUUGGGUUUAUUACGUCAAGCUCAACGAGGCUUUUGCGCAGCGCAUUGCGAAGAACUGGCGACGAGGUGACACCAUCUGGGUACAUGACUAUCAUUUGCUGCUGGUUCCAGCAAUGCUUCGCAAGCUGUUACCUGAUGCGCAAAUUGGCUUCUUCCUCCAUGUCGCCUUCCCAUCUUCAGAAGUCUUCAGAUGUUUGGCGCCACGCAAGGAACUUCUUGAGGGUGUGCUCGGCGCAGAUCUUAUUGGAUUUCAGAUCGACGAAUACUGCCGUCAUUUCUUACAAACUUGCAGUCGCAUAUUGUGUGUUGAGGCUAGGAAAGACGGUGUGCAGCUGGAGGAUCGGUUUGUGAAUGUGGGCAAGUUUCCAAUUGGUAUUGAUCCAACGUCGUGGGAUGAACGACGCCGCAGCCAUGACGUUGAACACUGGAUCAAGAUCAUUUCGGAGAAGUACGAGGGCAAGCGGUUGAUUGUUUCGAGAGACAAGCUUGAUUCAAUCCGUGGAGUGCGGCAGAAGCUUCUGAGCUAUGAACUUUUCUUGAACACAUAUCCCGAGUUUCGUGAUCAGGUUGUCCUCAUUCAAGUUGCCUCAUCUACCAACGAGCAAACAGAGUUGGAUACCAUUGUAUCUGAUAUUGCAAUGCGAAUCAACUCAACACAUUCAACACUGGCGCACCAACCGCUCGUAUUCUUGAAGCAAGACCUCAGCUUCGCGCAGUACCUCGCUUUGAUUACAGUCGCUGAUGCGCUAAUGGUGACAAGUCUGAGAGAGGGCAUGAAUCUUACCAGCCACGAAUUUGUUUACUGUCAGGAUGGAAAAUACGGUCCCAAGUCUCAUGGACCGCUAAUUUUGAGCGAGUUUACUGGAAGUGCAUCCAUAUUUGAUGGUCAUGCUCUACUUGUCAACCCAUGGGAUUACCGCCAAUGCGCAGAAGCUAUCCAUACCGCACUCACCCUCACUGACUCCGAAAGGGAAGUUAUGUGGCGGAAGCUGCACGAUGCAGUGCUGCAAAAUUCCACAACCAACUGGGUCAAGUCCUUCCGGGAGGCCUUGUCCAAAGUAUGGGACGAGCAUUCUUCUCGAGAGACUAUAGCCGUGCCCCGCCUGUCAGUUCCGCGGCUAGAGGAUGCAUACCGCAAUUCCGAGCGCCGACUUCUCAUCCUCGAUUAUGAAGGUACCCUUGCAUCUUGGGGUUCGCCGACUAGUAUCAUUUUGACAACACCGCAGCGAGCUUUGACCACUCUCACCGAUCUGCUUGAGGAUCCUAGAAAUAUUGUCUAUGUGAUGAGUGCCAGACGACCUGAAGAGAUGGAACGGUUGUUCCGUCAGGUGUCAGGACUAGGACUGAUUGCUGAGAAUGGAUGCUUUAUUCGCGAGCCGUCCAAGGACAGCUGGAUCAAACUCAACGAAGAACAUCACACUAAGGAGUGGAAGGCUGGAACCAGAGGAAUCCUCAAUUAUUUUCGAGAAAGAACAGAAAACAGCUGGAUAGAAGAGUUGCAUUGCUCGCUCGUCUUUCAUUAUGGUGACGCAGAGGACAAGCUUGCUGCGGCUCGCCAAGCAUCCGAGUGUGCUGACCAUAUCAAUGACGCAUGUGCAAGCCAGGGAGUACAUGUCAUUCCGGUCGACGGUGCAUUGAUCAUUCAGUCUUCGAGAACAAACAAGGCGAGUGCAGCGGAACUAGUAUGGCGGUAUAGUAUCCAGCGGGGAAAAGAAGGAGGCUAUACCGGUCAGCCUGAUUUCUUGUUCGUGGCUGGAGACAGUCGCGAAGAUGAAGUCGUCUUCCGCUGGGCGAACAAAUUGGCAGAGUCCAAAGCUGUCAAAUACUGCAUGACGGUGACACUGGGCUCAAGGAGUACAGAAGCUAAGGCCACGCUGACACAAGGAGUGACAGGUGUUUUGUCCUGUCUUCAGCGACUUGCAGCGUCUACCCAAUCCUAG